GGUCGGCAACCUGCGGCUCCCGAGCCAUUUGUGGCUCUUUCACCUCUGUGCUGCGGCUCCCUGUGGCUUUGGGAAAUAAUUGGUCAGUAUUUAAUUAAAAUGUAUUUUAUGUUAGUUUGUUAGCUUUUGAAAUGUAAUUAUGGUGAUCUUGUACAACCUAAGUGUAGCGACACAUUUCCUGCCACAUCCGAAACGGCUCACAAUUAGCCAGCAUUCCGGCUAAGGGAGAUAGCCUACGGGGGUUUGUGAGUACGCGUCUUUUGCAGCAUCUGCGUCCAUGGGGGCUGGGUUGAGGGAGGCUUAAAAGCAAGGGUGUUUAGUUCGAAUAAAGCUAUCUUUGACUGCAGUUUACUGACACCGCUACAACGUGUUUUUAUCGCUGGCUGUCCAGACGGAAGGUGCUGAAACGCUUUGUCGUGUGUCUGGAAGAAGUGAAAACUUUCCUGGGCAGCAAAGGGCUCACCUUUCCUGAGCUGGAACAGCCAGAGUGGCUGGAAAAGCUACACUUCAUGGUAGACAUGACAGCGCACCUGAACACGCUGAACACAGCUCUUCAGGGGAAAGGACGUACAGCCCUGCACAUGUUGGAGGAUGUUUUGGCAUUCGAGCGCAAGUUGACAGUGCUUGCCAGAGAUUUACAGAAAGGCACUUUGUCUCACUUCCCCAAUUUGAGAGAGUUCAAACAAGGUCACGACAUGAUAAUUUCGGAGUAUUUACAUUCUGCAAUCAUCGCAAUGCAAACAUCGUUUGGGAAACGCUUCUGUGAGUUCAGAGAGGAAAAAAACACAUUAUCCUUCCCGGUCACUCCCCUAAGCAUCGAUCCAUCCCUACUGAAUACGACUGCAUUGGCAGGUGUGAGUCAACCUGAUCUUGAGAUGGAACUGGCCGACAUAGCCGACAAAGACAUAUGGGUGUCCAAGUUUAGACGCUUGACAGCAGACCUUGAAGAUGUUGCCCGUCAGAAGGCCGUUCUUGCUCAGAAACACAAAUGGAGUGAUAUUGAAAACCUCACAGAUGACAGAUUGCGAUCCUGUGUAAAGAUGAAGGUGACAUCAUACAGCCCUGAUGUGCAGACGCUGUGCGCUGAGGUCCAGGAGCAGAAAUCCCAUUAACCAAGAUGACAGCUGGCUGACGUUAUUUUUGGUUUGCUGCUGGCGGAAAAUUUAAGUUCGGCGUUUUUCAUAAAUACAAGAAGGACUCAAAUAGACAUUGAAUAUUUUACUUAAAAGUAACUUUCAACCCAACGUCUUUUUUUCGGAGUUCAAAAUGUUUUUGUUGCAUGCAGAAAUGUAAUUUCGUUU